AGAUUGAGUCCCUACCGCUCAUGUGUUUAGGGAUUGAAUAGUAACGAACAAUAAGUGGCAGCACUUGUUUUACACCUUCUCUUCCUAUCCUCAUUUUUGUGAGACUCUUUCACUUAUCUCGCUUCUGCAUCAGGAACACCACCAUGUCGCCGGCAAAGAAAGCACCAGCAUCUGCUGAUCCCAAGAAGGCCCCGGCCCCCGCUGCAGCCAAAGCUGCCCCAGCUGCUGCUGCUGCAAAGAAGCCAGCUGAGAAAGCCCCUGCUGCUAAAGCAGCCCCAGCUCCAGCUCCAGUGAAGGCUGCUGCUGCAGGAACUGCUAAAGCUCCUGCUCCAGCUCCAGUUACCAAAGCCUCUGCACCAGCCGCCAAAGCUGCAACAGCUAAAGCUCCAGCUGCACCUGCUCCUGCUGCCAAAGCUCCAGCCAAGGCUGCAGCACCAGCAAAGGCAGCCCCCGCUGCUGCUGCCGCUCCUGCUGCUAAAGCUGCUCCUGCCAAGGCUGCCCCCGCCAAGGCUGCCCCCGUUAAGGCUGCUGCUGCUGCUAAACCAGUGGCUGCUCCAGCUCCCGCUGCUGCUCCCAAGAAGGGCUCUGCAGCCCCUGCUCCAGCAGCCAAGAAAGAAGCUGCUGCCCCAGCCAAGAAAGGUGCUGCUGACAAAAAAGCUGCCCCUGUUGCUGCUCCUGCCGCUGCUGCCCCCGCUAAGCGAAAGGCUGAUGCCCCUGCUGAAAAGAAGGCUCCAGUUGCUGAGAAGAAACCAGCUGUUGAGAAAAAGGCUGCUCCGGCAGCUGCAGCUCCCAAGAAGCCAGAGGCUGCUGCUAAGAAACCAACAGAGAAAAAAGCAGAGAAAAAAGCUGCUCCAUUGAAGGCAGCAGUAAAGGCAAAGAAGGAGACUCCCAAGAAACUGGAGGCUGUCAAACUCAAGGGAAAAGGCUACAAGGGCAAGAAACUUAACCUCAAGUUUACCAUCGAUUGCACUCACCCAGUUGAAGAUGGCAUCAUGAAUGCAGCUGAUUUUGAAACCUACUUGAAGCAGCACAUUAAGCUGAACAAGAAAGUUGGAAACUUGGGUACCCACAUCCAAACUGAAUUGGCCAAGAGCAAGAUCAUUGUUUCCUCAGAUGUUCCUUUCUCCAAGAGGUAUUUGAAGUAUCUCACGAAGCGGUAUUUGAAGAAGAACAACCUUCGUGAUUGGCUGCGAGUUGUUGCUAACGGAAAGACCUCGUACGAGCUCAGAUAUUUCAACAUUAACAACGAAGAAGAGGAUGAUGAUGAUGAUAAGGAAUAAUCUGUUUCUCUUGUUCCGUUUUUGCUAUCUGGUAAUAAACGAUGGCCAUGA